AGUAAACUUCACGAUACUAUCAAUUGUUGAUCCUUCACGUCGGGAUUUCUGCCUAGUGAUUGAACUUGGGCUUCGCUUUACGUAUCUUUCAAUUGAUCUACGCCUUGAAGCCCUAACGUUCGCGCCGCCACCAUGAACACGACCAAGCGACAGAAGCAGCGCAAGGUGCUGUUGAUGGGAAAGUCAGGCGCGGGGAAAUCGUCCAUGCGGUCCAUCGUCUUCAGCAACUACGUCGCAAAGGAUGUGCGAAGGUUAGGCGCCACUAUAGAUGUCGAACAUAGCAAUAUCAAGUUCAUGGGCAACCUGAUGCUCAAUCUUUGGGAUUGCGGAGGACAAGACGGCUUUGUCGAGAACUACCUCACACACCAGCGAACCCAUGUCUUUGGCUCCGUCGCCGUCCUCAUCUUCGUCUUCGAUAUCGAGUCCCGUGAAUUCCAAGCCGACGUUGUCUCCUACUCCAACAUCAUCCGCGCUCUAUCCGAAUCUUCUCCCUCCGCCAAAGUCUUCUGCCUGAUCCACAAGAUGGAUCUCGUCCAAUCUCGUCUACGAGUUCAACUCUUUGAAGAGCGUGCCGAAUACAUACGUCAGGCUUCAGAAGGCUUCAAGGACGAAGUCGAGUUCUUCCCAACCUCCAUCUGGGACCAGAGUCUCUACAAGGCGUGGACGCAAAUCAUAUACUAUCUCAUCCCGAACGCGGGCACAAUCGAGUCGCUGCUACAACAGCUCGCAGAGGUUAUCGACGCUAGGGAACUCAUUCUAUACGAGAGGACGACUUGUCUAAUGGUCACACAUGUAACGCGGGGAAUGGAGAGUCAGAAUCCUUUCAUCGACCGCUUCGAGCGCAUAUCGAGCAUUCUUAAGACGCACAAACAAUCAAUGGCAAAACACACCAACCUCCCCCCGAACAUCGCAAACUUCGCCGAGAUGCAGAUCAAAACCGGCCGCUUCAUGUUCUUCAUCACGCGCCUGACCGAGAACACCAACCUCGCCGCCUCGAUCCCCCCCUCCGAACAAGUCUUCAACGCCGCGAGAGUCAACAUCAUGCUCGUCCGCCCGCGCUUCGCGGAGCUCGACAUUGCGAGCAAGCCCCGCCUGGGUAUGCAGCAGGCCUUUGCGCACGGCGCCGAGGGUGGCGAGAGGGAGAGGAAGGAUGGGGAGCCGGCGUAUUGAGGUGUGAGGGACUGUUCAUGUGACUUGAUAUAAGGAUAUGUCUGUCACAGGCACGAGUAGAGCGGAGCGGCGCGAGGAGGGAAUACCGGACUUCUUGGAGUAAAUUAUGAUACCCAUAUAUACAUAUGUAAAACCAAUGCCAAUACACGUACAAGUACAAAUGACUGGCAGAUUUCAAUUUGAA